AUGGGUGGGAUCCUGGUGAGUUUGACGAAGGCGCGUGCCCACGACGACCCCGUUUUGGCCGACGUCGAAAAAUCGGUGAGUAUCACCGUUGAGGAGUGGACAGGGCCGUUUCUCGGAAAGCCUCCUGGAGUAGCAGUCGAUGACGCGACGCGGCGAGAGAUCGAGCAGGUGUUCCAGAAGUGGUGGAUUCGUCCCGGAACUCUGGAAGACUACUCGAAAGAAUUGCUGCAGGUGGGCUACGUCCACCAACUUCUCCCAACCAGGACCGCCAAUGAUUUCGAGUACUGCGCAAUAGCCGCAGGAAGGCAGACUACAAGUAGAGAUGGGUUUACUUCGAGUUUGAUGAUGUCUUCAAAACCAAAAGGUGAAAACGAUUUGAGUUACGCAUUCUCCUCGUCACGGUCAACAGCUGUAUCAGUCUCUUCUGGCGAGCCCGAGGACGUCCAAAAAUCCACGACGCGGCUGCACCUUUGUGCUUUGGGAGCCGGGCCAGCCAGCGAACUGUGGGGAAUGUUGUCCUUUUUGGAGUCACCUCAAGUAGAAGUUACGGCGUCGCUAGAAAGUGCGGUUCUCGUGGACGCUGCUCCGUGGGGGCGAGCCGUGAAAGAAUUGCAGAGGGCGUUUUUGUCAACCAGGAGGAAGGAAAGGACUGACGCUUCUAGCAGACAUUUUUAUAGAUCAGCACGCCCAAAAUCUAAAUCAUCAUCGGCCGAGGACACAACUACACGCGAAAGCGAACGACAGCUUGCGGAAAAAGCUGAUCCCUUUGCGUUGCCCAUCGUCUUUCUGCAAGAAGAUGCCUUUGUCACCGCGUCCUCGUCUUCUUCAACACAGAAAGAAGUUGGUCGGCAACUGGCUCGCUACCUGUCGCCGGAUCCCGAGGUGCUGAACAUUAUCUGCUUGUACCGUCUAACGUGGGAUGUCGGAGCGAGCAGGGUGCAGACAUGGCUGCGAUCCGUGCUCAGAGCCUUGGAUGAGGGAGUAGACAACAGUAUAGGGCCUCCAGCACCAUCAGGAGCAGUAGAAGAGCCACGUCUUUUGUCAUUUUCUCCGGCAGCCAGCGGUGUUGCCGGGAACGAAGCAAAUCGGUUGUUGAAGAAACCUGUGCAGGCCGAAGUCUGGAUUGCUGAUGCCGCAGCCACUAGUGGGACGUACAAGGAGGUGUUGAAUGUUGGAGGCGAAAAUGAAUCUUUAUUGAAUUGGACCUUCAGUGUCGGUAUAGAAGAGGGACGGACCAAAUAUCACAGGAAUUUUUAUGUUUUCAGACGGAGGAGCAGGAGCAUCAAUAGAGCGACUGCGAGUGCGACGUCGAAGUUAGAGUUGUGACAUCAGUCUAGUAGGAGACGAAUAGCAAUAAAUCGCCCCGAUGAAAAAUGUCCGAGGUAGAAAAAUGGAUGGCUGUUCCGGUGCAGUUGUAGGUCGUCUCCGCGUUGUGUUUAUAGUUCAUCUUCCUGAUGCGUUUAUUACUAGAGAAACAUAAAGUACAACUACAAGCAACCGCUUCCGUAGAAGUUGUACAGAGUUUACGAGUGUCCGAACGUUGCAAUGGCUUGUUUCAUCGUGAUGACGCAGCAUUCGGCUGCUUGAGAAUACCUAAAAAUUGACCUCCGAAAAAGAGCUCGACAUCCAAAUUAUUGGUCCUAGUUCUAUUGGUGGAUCUUCUUCCUGAUGAAGAAAUACAGGAAGUAGCAUGUAAAUCAAAAGGCCGCGAC